AUGGGCGCUGUGGUACUUGUGCUGGUGAUCGAGGUACUUGUUGUGGAUGUUCUAGUGAGUGAAGUAGUUGAACUGCUGCUAGUGGUUUGGGAGGUGGAGGUAGUAGUCGAAGAGGAGCUCGCACUUGAAGUGGUGGAAGUUGACGUACUGGAGCUGGUGCUUGAGGUGCUUGAGGUCGACGUGCUGCUGCUUGAUGUUGUACUUGAUGUGCUGGUGCUCGAUGUGGCGGUGCUACUUCUGGAUGUGCUGGUGCUUGAUGUGCUGGAAGUUGACGCGGUGGUGCUUGAUGUUGAAGAAGUGGACGUACUCGAACUGGAUGUGCUUGUGCUUGAUGUGGUAGCGCUACUACUAGUCGUGCUAGUGGUUGACGUGCUAGAAGUUGACGCGGUGGUGCUUGAUGAUGAAGAAGUGGACGCACCAGAACUGGCCGUGCUUGUGCUUGAUGUGGUAGUGCUACUACUAGUUGUGCUAAUGCUGGACGUGCUGGACGUGGAUGUGGGGCUGCUUGAUGUUGAAGAAGUGGAUGUAAUAGAACUGGAUGUGCUUGUGCUUGAUGUGGUAGUGCUACUACCUAUCGUGCUGGUGCUUGACGUGCUGGAGGUUGACGUGGUUCUGCUUGAUGUUGAAGAAGUGGACGUACUCGAACUGGAUGUGCUUGUGCUUGAUGUGGUAGCGCUACUACUAGUCGUGCUGGUGCUUGACGUGCUGGAAGUUGACGUGCUCGAACUGGAUGUGCUUGUGCUUGAUGUGGUAGCGCUACUGCUAGUCGUGCUGGUGCUUGACGUGCUGGAGGUUGACGUGGCGCUGCUUGAUGUAGAAGAAGUGGACAAAGUAGUACUAGAUGUGCUUGUCAAACUGCUGGAUGUGCUUGUUGCGGAUGUGCUGGAACUGGAAAUGGUACUGCUUGAGCUUGUGGAGCUCGAUGUGCUGGCGCUUGAUGUGCUAGAACUUGAUGAUGUCGUGCUCGUCAAUGUCUUGCUGCUGCUAGACGUGCUAGUGCUAGAUGUGCUGGUGCUAGACGCGGUUGUUGUCGAUGUGGAGAUGCUUGUGCUGGAUGUGCUGCUGCUCGACAAGCUGGAGGUGGAUGUGCUGGAGGUUGAUGUGGUGCUCCUGGAGGUUGAGGUGCUGCUUCUUGACGUUGUGGACGAAGAGCUGGACGUGCUUGUGCUUGAAGUGAGCGAUGUCGUGGAGCUGGAGAAAGUCGUGGUGCUGCUUGUUGUCGAACUUGAUGAUGUUGCAGUUGUGCUUGUGCUGCUGCGGGAGGUGCUGGUGGUAGUUCUGCUGGUGCUCGUCGGCGUGCUGGAGGUGGUCGUCCGACUGGUCGUCGAGCUUACAGUAGUUGAGGUUUCUUCUGUGGACGUGCUGCUUGUGGUCGUGCUGCUUGUGGUCGUCUUGGUGUCUGUUGAAGACGUGCUCGAAGUUAUGGUUGCAGAGAUAGUGGUGCUGGUAGUUGGGGUGGUGCUGCUACUGGUUUGCGUGCUUGUGCUACUUGCCGUCCUGGUGGCCGAUGUGCUAGAAGUUGUAUGGCUGGACGAGGUGCUGCUCGAAGUUGCAGUCUGUGAUGUGGAUGUUUUGGUGAAAGAUGAUGACGUCGUCGAUGUCGGAGACGUUGUUGACCAG